AUGCCCUGCCGGAAAAGCCGAGGAUACCAAUGGCCGAGACCGCACUUUGGGGCAGGAGCUACACUCUUUUUAGGGCAUUCUGACAGCGUCAGAGAGAAUUGCAACUCGCAAAGUCCAGAACCAACCGUUUCUGUUUCCCUACCUCGCCAGACUCGGACCCGCCUGAAUGCCGACAUGUUUCGAGUCGCUCGAAUGACGUACUUUCAAUCUCCCAUCGCGUCAUCUCCGUCUGUGACCAGUCUACGACACAUCACAUGUCACAGCAUAGACGCCGAGUACCAACACUAA